AUGUCACCCUGUACCUUUAAAAGCCACAGCACACGACUCCACUCGCUUGGUAUUUUUCCUCCCGCUGCGUUUUUUCUCUGCAUAAGGGCACCUGCUGCUGCUGGUUCUAGUGCUGCUGGUUCUGGUUCUAGUGCUGCUGGUUCUGGUUCUAGUGCUGCUGGUUCUGGUGCUGCUGGUUCUGGUGCUGCUGGUUCUGGUGCUGCUGGUUCUAGUGCUGCUGGUUCUGGUUCUGGUGCUGCUGGUUCUGGUUCUAGUGCUGCUGGUUCUGGUGCUGCUGGUUCUGGUGCUGCUGGUUCUAGUGGUGCUGGUUCUGGUGCUGCUGGUUCUAGUGCUGCUGGUUCUGGUGCUGCUGGUUCUAGUGCUGCUGGUUCUGGUUCUAGUGCUGCUGGUUCUAGUGCUGCUGGUUCUGGUGCUGCUGGUUCUGGUGCUGCUGGUUCUGGUUCUAGUGCUGCUGGUUCUGGUGCUGCUGGUUCUAGUGCUGCUGGUUCUGGUUCUAGUGCUGCUGGUUCUGGUGCUUCUGGUUCUAGUGCUGCUGGUUCUGGGGCUGCUGGUUCUAGUGGUUCUAGUGCUGCUGCUGCUGGUUCUAGUGCUGCUGGUACUGGUUCUGGUGCUGCUGGUUCUGGUGCUGCUGGUUCUGGUGCUGCUGGUUCUGGUGCUGCUGGUUCUAGUGGUUCUAGUGCUGCUGCUGCUGGUUCUAGUGCUGCUGGUACUAGUGCUGAUGGUUCUGGUUCUGCUGGUUCUAGUUCCUCUGGUUCUAGUGCUGCUGAUUCUAGUGCUGCUGCUGCUGAUUCUGGUGCUGCUGGUUCUAGUGCUGCUGGUACUAGUGCUGCUGGUUCUAGUGCUUCUGGUUCUAGUGUUGCUGCUGCUGGUUCUGGUGCUGCUGGUUCUGGUGCUGCUGGUUCUGGUGCUGCUGGUUCUAGUGCUGCUGGUUCUAGUGCUGCUGCUGCUUGUUCUAGUGCUGCUGGUUCUAGUGCUGCUGGUUCUGGUGCUGCUGGUUCUGGUUCUAGUGCUGCUGGUUCUAGUGCUGCUGGUUCUAGUGCUGCUGGUUCUGGUGCUGCUGGUUCUAGUGCUUCUGGUUCUAGUGCUGCUGGUUCUAGUGCUGCUGCUGGUGGUUCUGGUGCUGCUGGUUCUGGUGCUGCUGGUUCUAGUGCUGCUGGUUCUAGUGCUUCUGGUUCUAGUGUUGCUGGUUCUAGUGUUUCUGGUUCUAGUGCUGCUGGUUCUGGUGCUGCUGGUUCUGGUGCUGCUGGUUCUAGUGCUGCAGGUACUGCUGGUUCUGGUUCUAGUGCUGCUGGUUCUGGUGCUGCUGGUUCUUGUGCUGCUGGUUCUAGUGCUGCUGGUUCUGGUGCUGCUGGUUCUAGUGCUGCUUGUUCUGGUGCUGCUGGUUCUGGUGCUGCUGGUUCUAGUGCUGCUGGUGCUGGUUCUAGUGCUGCUGGUUCUGGUGCUGCUGGUUCUGGUGCUGCUGGUGCUGGUUCUGGUGCUGCUGGUUCUAGUGCUGCUGGUACUAGUGCUGCUGCUGCUGGUUCUAGUGCUGCUGGUUCUAGUGUUGCUGGUUCUGGUGCUGCUGGUUCUAGUGCUGCUGGUUCUAGUGCUGCUGGUUCUAGUGCUGCUGGUUCUGGUUCUGUGCUGCUGGUUCUGGUGCUGCUGGUUCUGGUGCUGCUGGUUCUGGUGCUGCUGGUUCUGGUGCUGCUGGUUCUAGUGCUGCUGGUUCUAGUGCUGCUGGUUCUGGUGCUGCUGGUUCUGGUGCUGCUGGUUCUGGUGCUGCUGGUUCUAGUGCUGCUGGUUCUAGUGCUGCUGGUUCUGGUUCUGGUGCUGCUGGUUCUAGUGCUGCUGGUUCUAGUGCUGCUGGUUCUAGUGCUGCUGGUUCUAGUGCUGCUGCUGGUUCUAGUGCUGCUGGUUCUAGUGCUGCUGGUUCUAGUGCUGCUGGUUCUAGUGCUGCUGGUUCUGGUGCUGCUGGUUCUAGUGCUGCUGGUUCUAGUGCUGCUGGUUCUAGUGCUGCUGCUGGUUCUGGUUCUAGUCAUUCUGGUUCUAGUGCUGCAGACUAUUGCAAGAGAGAGACAGAAAGAUGAGGACAAGGAGGGGGACAAGGAGGGGGACAAGGACGAGGACAAGGAUGAGGACAAGGAAGGGGACAAGGAGCGGGACAAGGAUGAGGACAAGGAUGAGGACAAAGACGAGGACAAGUACAAGGAGUGGGGAGAGGAUGAGGGACGAGGAAGAGGAGGAAGGAGAACAAUCACAGAUGAGAUCCGUGCCACAUUGAUCAACCGUGGUUUGAGUUUCAGAGAGUUAUGGAGUUUCGUCUUCAUUGAUGAGGUCGGCUUUAGCCAAAACAAGACGCUUUCGGCUUUGGAAGGUAUACGAGAUCGCCAACCCAAACCAACACCCUUCUCCAGGCGAUAG